GCUUAAUGCUGCAUUUCGCUUCAAAAAUACCCCCCCCCCCCCAGUGAUUGCCAAGAUGAAGAUCUGUGUAAGGUUCUGGUAAAGAAGUUUACCAGUUUGGUAGUACAGUUGGAACCUGUGUCGAUGCCGAACCACUGCUGCGCUCAAAUGAACCCUCACGUCGACGAUCGCAUCAUUCCUGUCUCCGAAUUCGCCGGCCAUGAAGUUGAUGUUCUGCGAGAGGUUUGUCGUCGACUGGAAUCAUCGAAGUGGAGAUGUUUGGUAUGAUCCGUGGCUACCGAUGUACGGUUGCGUUGUACACUGAACCAAAGUAAGUGCUGCGGUUGUCAAGUUGGAAGUUGUCUUUGUGGACGGAUGGGAACGUACUUUACACUUCUUGCCAACCGGCAAAUGCGUCCAUGGCGCCGUUCCUAAACCUACAAAACGUUGCAUUGUGCUCGGCGUUGGAGGAGAAAUUUGGUAGCGUGUUUUACGCAAAGUUGACGAAAGCUCAACAGGAUAAAGGAUCGAAACGGAGUGCAGCGUUUAAUGAUCUUGGAAAUCAAAAGACACAGCAAUUUAUCGCCGCAGUGGUGCGACGUGCCGUUGCUGUAAUCACUUCAAUCGUGAAAGAAAAUGGAAAUGUUGGCUAUGAUGAGAGAUUCUCUUCGCAAGGAGGAACGACUGAUGUUGGGAUGCACACGGGCGGAAGACCUCGUGAUACCUGUUCGCCACUUGUGCAGACAGUGAUCGAUCAAAACCUCUGCUGUGGUCAAGGACUUUUUAGAAAAACGAUGGUAAUGUUCAAGAUGAACCUGCUUCAAUUAUACGUGACUGAGACGCAAGAUACGUUUGGUCGUGAAAUUAAUAUUAAAGACGGAUGUGCUUCUGUGGACAAUAUGUUUUUCAUGCUGCAAGACGUUGUUCAGAGUGCUAUAGAGCUUCUUGAAAGUGGGUACGAUGUGUCGUCCUUGAAUGAGAAGUGUUCUCGUCUACGAGCUACUAUUGAAGAAUUCGUUAAUGCGUUAAACCAACAGACUAUGAUACGCUAUCGUCCACCAAGUUCCACGGUAACUAAGCAGUUGAAUACACUCGAAUGUGGGGUGAACGUGAACUCGCCGAAACGAGACUGGGAAUGUAACACACUAGAAAAUAGCGAAACGCGUCACAAUCGUGUGUUGACUAAUCCAGAGAGAUGCUGGUUUCUAGACGGGGUUACAUGCAGUCUGGAGACUCUGCUUCAAUGGGGACAAGCUGACGCUACUCCCAAAUCGUACAAGUGCACUCUAGUUCUGCGAACAUUUGAGACGUUCAUGUUCGAGAGAUCCCUCAAAUUAUCUGGUGAUGCGGAUCACAUACUACGAGGUGCAGCUUUAACGUGGGCGGGCUCGACCGGUGUAAUUCUCAAUCCAUUCAACGCUACUUCGAUUAGUAUAGUGGAUAGCUUCAUAGAGCAAAUGCCACAAUCAGUUGCGGACUUUCAGUGGAUGAACGCAUGGCCUGGUCAAGGAUCGCUGCGCUCUUAUCCGAAGCAGCAGCUCCGGAAGCUACAGUGUAUUUUACUUCACGACAAGUUACCGUGGUCGCACUCGUGCGUGGAAACGAUUGUGCGACAGACACUGUAUCAAAUCGGUGAUCUUACUGAGGAGGAUCCGAAAAUGCUCUGGAAGACGGAUAUGCUGGAAGAGGAGAGCGGGUUGCAAACAUUCUGUGCCGUGCUGAAGCUCGCUGCGAAUAAACUCGAGCAAACGCCAAGUUGUUUCGAGAAUAUUCCACUUCUCAGUGAACUUUCAGGAUAUCUCCAUCAAUUUACACGGGAUAUGCAGAACCUAUAG